GAGGAGAGAGGGAGCCGCCCGCCGCUCUCCUGCUGCCCCGCAUGUGUGGCCACAGGCAUCGGUCGCCGCUGCUGUCCCGGGGCUGUGUCGUGCCCGGGUGUCCCGGACGGUGCGUCAGCGAGUGUGUGUGUCCGCGCGGGCAAGCGCCGCGUCGCCCCGAGCCUCCCGCUUGCUCCCACGGCUGCCGUGCAUGUUCGCCUCCUGCCACUGUGUGCGGAGAGGCAGGAGGACCAUGAAAAUGAUCCACUUUCGGAGCUCCAGCAUCAAAUCGCUCAGCCAGGAGAUGAAAUGCACCAUCCGGCUACCGGACGACUCGGAGAUUUCCUGCCACAUCCAGAGGGAGACCAAAGGACAGUUUCUCAUUGACCACAUCUGCAAUUACUACAGCUUGCUGGAGAAGGACUACUUUGGCAUUCGUUAUGUGGACCCAGAGAAGCAGCGGCACUGGCUCGAACCUAACAAGUCUAUCUGCAAGCAAAUGAAAUCUCAUCCACCAUACACCAUGUGCUUUAGAGUGAAAUUCUACCCACACGAACCCUUGAAGAUUAAAGAAGAGCUCACAAGGUAUCUUCUGUACCUGCAAAUUAAAAGAGAUAUUUUCCACGGUCGACUGCUCUGCUCCUUCUCAGAUGCUGCCUACCUGGGUGCCUGUAUUAUUCAAGCUGAGCUCGGUGAUUAUGACCCUGAUGAACAUACUGAGAAUUACAUCAGUGAAUUUGAGAUUUUCCCCAAGCAGUCCCAGAAGCUGGAAAGGAAAAUAGCAGAAAUCCAUAAAAAUGAACUCAGAGGCCAGAACCCACCGGUUGCUGAAUUUAACUUACUCCUGAAAGCUCACACUUUGGAAACGUAUGGGGUGGAUCCCCAUCCAUGCAAGGAUUCAACAGGUACAACAACAUUUUUAGGAUUCACUGCUGCAGGCUUUGUGGUAUUCCAGGGAAAUAAGAGAAUCCAUUUGAUCAAAUGGCCGGAUGUCUGCAAAUUGAAAUUUGAAGGGAAGACGUUUUAUGUGAUUGGCACCCAGAAGGAGAAAAAAGCCAUGUUGGCAUUCCAUACCUCAACACCAGCUGCCUGCAAACACCUUUGGAAGUGUGGGGUGGAGAACCAGGCCUUUUAUAAGUAUGCAAAAUCCAGUCAGAUCAAGACUGUGUCAAGCAGCAAGAUAUUUUUUAAAGGAAGUAGAUUUCGAUAUAGCGGUAAGGUUGCCAAAGAGGUGGUGGAGGCGAGCUCCAGAAUCCAGAGGGAGCCCCCAGAGGUGCACAGAGCCAACAUUACCCAGAGCCGCAGUUCCCACUCCUUGAACAAACAGCUUAUCAUUAACAUGGAGCCCCUGCAGCCCCUGUUCCCUUCCCCCACCGAGCAGGAAGAAGAGCUUCCAUUAGGAGAGGGUAUUCCAUUGCCCAAAGAAGAUGACAUUUCUGCCCCCUUGAUCUCCAGUUCACCGGUAAAGGAAGUCCGGGAGUAUGAAGACUCCCCAAGCGAAGAAGAAGAUAAAAUAAAUGAAGAGCCUUUGACAAUCUCUGAACUCACGUACAACCCAAGUGCCAGCCUGCUCCCCACCCCCAUUGAUGACGAUGAGAUUGACAUGCUCUUUGACUGUCCAUCUAGGCUUGAGUUGGAAAGAGAAGACAUAGAUUCAUUUGAGGAACUGGAAGCAGAUGAAAAUGCCUUUUUGAUGGCUGAAGAAGAGGAGCUGAAGGAGGCUCACCGAGCUUUGUCAUGGAGUUAUGACAUUCUGAGUGGCCAUAUUCGGGUGAACCCACUGGUCAAGAGUUUUUCCAGGCUCCUUGUGGUGGGCCUGGGGCUGCUGCUCUUUGUAUUCCCCCUGCUCCUCCUCCUUUUGGAGUCAGGUAUUGAUCUCUCCUUCUUAUGUGAAAUCCGCCAGACGCCAGAGUUUGAGCAGUUUCACUAUGAAUAUUACUGUCCUCUCAAGGAGUGGGUGGUUAGCAAAGUAAAUCUCAUUCUCUACAUGCUGGGUUGUUCAUAAACUUCCUAUCUCAUAUGACUAAGGGCUAUAUUCAAUACUAGUGAUUUGUUUUUUCAGCAAAUGCCUGGUUCUGAAUAGUCAUGGGGCUGUCAACAGUGUUCCUUACUCAAAACUGAUUAUUCAAACCUUUAAGUUAGCUUUCCAUAUACUUCACUGCACUUAAAUAAGUUUAAAUCAAAUAUAGUAAUUUUAGUUAUAGAUUAGGAAGAUAGCCCUUAAAUAACCAAAAAUAUGUUUAUUUUUUAUUAUAUCACAGAUCUACUCUUAAUUAUAUCAUAACACAUUGAGCUGAAUUAGAUUUCACCCUUUUUAAUAGUUAGCAUCAUUAUAAGCUAUAAGGUUCAGAAUCAGAAUUUUAGUAAAAGUCCAAGAGAAAGUUUUUGAAUAUAAUCCUUAGUGAAAAUAAUGUCCUCUAACCAAUGCCUAUACAACUAAAUUUAUGCUGGUUUUUUUUUUUAAUAUUUUUAUGUGUUCAGAAUAUUUUGGUAACUUUUUAGCAAAAAAAAAAAACAAAAAAAACAAAAAACAAAAACAAAAAAGCCUCCUGGAGUUAUUUAAGUGUACAGAUUGUAAGACUAAUGCACAAAGGGUAUGUCGGGAAUUUUUUAAUGUUUUGGCACUGGUUUGUUUUUUAAAAUAUUUUUGGUUGAACAAUCCCAUAAUUUGUUGUUACCUGCACAUGAGAUAGAAAAUAGGUAGCAAGACACUGUAGCAAGUAAGCUCCUAAAACAGAUGAUGGAACUGGAGGAUGUAGAAACUGAACAUCAAGUGGACACAGGGUGGUCCAUUUCUCAAAGUAUUUGGACAAGAUGACUUGUUACUUUCAUUUGCAUCCUGUCCACAUAUUUUGGCUGGGGAAGCAGAACAUUUUAAAAAGAAGGUGAAACUUUAAAGGAAAAAAGUUAAAAGAUAUGCUAGUUAAUUGCAUGUUAUUAUACAUUAACCCAAGAGUGGAAGCAGAUGGGAACUUGACAAAUGGCAAGUAGCAAAAGAAAGUUUUGGUGAGGCUGGUAGGCAGGUGGUGGUAGGAAAAUGAUCUAUUUUCUGGAAGUGAUGGUGAUGCAAGGUAUUGGAUAAUGUAAAGAACAGCACGCUUGCUGUCCAAGUUGACGUGAAUAUGGUUAAGUGGCUCUAAAUAAGAGUGGAGAAACUUGAAGACACAUUUUUGGUCCCUAAUGCUAUUUACUGUGAUUCUGUGGAAGAAACUUCAAAAGAAGUGCGUGUAUGAGAGAGUAGGAAAGAGAAAAUGGAAAGAAUGGAAUUUCACUUUUCGAUAAAUGCCAAUGAUCAUUUGUGGUGGUCAUUAUACUCCUUUCCUGGUUUCCUUAAGAUCUGAACUCAUUCAUAAUUGGGGCUCCCAUUAAGAAAGUGGAGGGGACUCUUUAGGUAGACCAUUUCAGCUUGGGUGAAUUAGUGAAAGGACUCAGUAGAGGGGACAGAUGUUCUAGUACUUUCCUUCAUACCAUUAAAUCCAUGACAGAAAGGUAAGAGUAUGGAGCUUUGGCAUGGAGCAUUGGGAUUUCUUCAAGGAUUGAAAGUGUUCCUUUGUCUUCAUUUAUUAAGAGACUGGGUUGCCUGUAAUCUCUCCCUACCUCUAAUGGAUACUCCAGCUCUGUCAUUACCAUAAUUUCCAAGUUGGCCAUUCCAGUCCUACUUAUUCAUGGAGCUCUGAGUGCUUUAUUAGAUAGUUGAUUUUGAAAUUAAGUUUUAAAAGUCAGCUCAUGAAGUCUUCAGUUGAGCAAACUAUAAUGUACAUUUGCUCUUAAGUUUGUAGGAUGUCGUUUCUCCUGUGCUUUCAGUGAUUUAUUUUGCUUUUUAAUAAAGACUGUUUAAUACCUGAAAUUUGAUAAUAUACAAAUAUAUUUUCCAUAGUUUAUUUUAAAAGUUGGCAACUGGCCAGCUUUAAAACUGAAGUUCUUUCCCCCCUUUUAUCAUAUGACUUUCAUGUCAUCCUAAGGGCCCUCCAGUGUAGUCUGCAAUAAAUUAGUUCCCCCUCUAAUUAUGCUUCAUAUAAUUUUCUUUGAAGUUCUAACCAUGACAAAUCACCUCGCCCUCAUCCUUUAUAAAUAUUAAAUAAUAUUUUUUAAAUUAUGGAAAUAAUAUAUUGCCUAUAAUAAAACAUUUGAAAAAUACUGACAGGAGAAAUAUCACACAUGGCCCAACCAUGUAUAUUUAUAUUAAGGAAUAACAAAUAUAUUAUUUCUAACAUUUCCGGCUAACAUCUUUUUUCUCUUAGGUAAAAACCUCAUUGCUGAAUAGAAAUGUUUUUAAGUGAAGGUGUUGACAGGAUUGGGUCUGCUGAAUUUAAAUAAUAGCCACCGAAAGUAAAACUGGGAUCCCAAAAUGCCAUUUUGUUGGGAUAGAAUCAGAGCCUUUUUAGAAAUACCACUCCAGUUUGAUAGAAGACAGUCACCAGUUGCCUGAGUCAAAUGAGGAAAAGACUGCUUCCAAGAUGGAGAGUAUAUAAUAUAGUGAGAUAGAGUUCAAAGCAAGUGUGUGAGUAUAUGUAUAUUCCAUAUUAUUGGUAUAUAUGUGUUUAUAUAUAAAUCUGUAUAUAUGUGUGUAUUUGUGUAUACACAACUGAUAGGCCCUUCAUUCACAGUCGUAUUUACUUUUCCCCAAUUGAGGAAUUUGUGACACGUUAUUAUUCCUUUUCCUUCUCAGAUAUCAUGGUGGAUAAAAACCCACAGUCUCAAAGGUUUCAAUUUUCCAUGAAAACCACUGUGGGUACACUUGUGGUUAUAUAUACACACAUAUAUGGCAAAUAUAUAUACACACACAGUCUUGUCUUUAGUGCUAAUGCAAGUUGGAUCGUGAAAAAAAUGUAGGUAAAGUAUUGUGUUUCUGUCUGUGCUUGGAACAUAUUGUAAAAUGUUAUGUAUUUGGAAUAUAUUUUGUGGCUUGUUUACUAUUUAUAAAAUCAAUUCUCGGAAGAAUUCAAAAUGAAUUGAUUUCAUUGAAAUACUAGAGAUAGGGGGGCCAUGUUACCUAUGAUUGGAGCCUUAUCUUUGUAUAGUGAAAUUUGCAUUUCUAUGUCAACAUUCAGAUUGUUUUAUAUGUUAAUAUGGUGGCAGGAAUCCCUAAUAAAAGUGCUCUGGGGAAAAAUGUUUCUGCAAUCAUUUAGUUUUAUUCAAAGCAAAGUUAUAUAAAUAUCCUGUUGGGAACUACACAAAGGUGCCAUCUAGGACCAUGAAAUGAGGUCACCCUUGAAUGGUGAUAGUAUGAAAAAAAUAAUCACAGGUAAUGGAUGGGAGUAAUCUUUUGCAGAAGUCACCCAAUCUAAGAGCAGGAAUAUUGUGUGUACUGGAAAUGCACCUAAACGUGAGAGACAAGUAUAGUCUAUUAUUAUGGCACUAAGAUAAUUAGAGAAAUAGAAAAGCAUAGAAAAAUAGAAGAGGGGUGUUUUGCAUGACAGGUAGGGGAAAGGAUCUCAGAGUGCUAGAAAAUUAGUGUGUUAUCACUUCUGGCCAGAAAACGGUGCCUUCCUGUGCUAGAAAGAGCUAUAUUAGCCUCACCUCUGCAACACUUGCCAUUAAACUUCUCCUGCCUGUUCAUGGGCCCUGGAGGAAUCUGACUAUUCUAACUACUCUGAUCUUCCCCUCCAUACAGCAAGGCCCUCUGCUUUGUUACAAAGCUAACAACGCUUCACCUAUCAGUUAAAUCAGAAGGUGUUACUCUGAAUGAAGCAAAAGGGGCUCUCUUUACUAUAGGAACACCAUACACCUCCACUCAAAUUAUACUCCAGCUGU